AUGUGGUCCAAUGAUGAAGGGAAUACAGAUUUGGACUCAAUAAUUUGCGGAAUGUAUUUCUCAGCGUAUGAUCAAGUCAUUUGUAUAGCAUUUCAUAAUGGUGAUAUUGUCAUCGUUCAUUCGUCACAGCAGGCAGAACUUGUCGGAUCGAUCGAAUCAAAGAUUCAAAGCAUGGAAUGGAGUCCGGAUGAAGAAUUAGUAACCUUUGUUACAGGAAAUGAUACAAUCUUGGUGAUGACAAAAGAUUUUGAUGUGAUAACGGAAUUCCCGAUUAAUGUGGAUGAGGCUGGAGAAGCUGUUAGCAUAAGUGUUGGAUGGGGAAAAAAGGAAACACAAUUUCAUGGAUCAGUAGGAAAAUCUGCCGCGCAAAAUAAGGUUGAUGUUUCUGGUUUUACUCUAUCUCCAGAUGAUGAUUUAAAACCGCGUAUAUCGUGGAUUGGAGAUGGCAGCAUGUUCUGUUGUUCAAUUAUUGAUCCUAAUAAAGGACUUCGAGUUAUUCGAGUAUAUAACCGGGAAGGUUUAUUACAAUAUACUAGUGAACCUGUUGAUAAACUUGAACACGUAUUAUCAUGGAGGCCAUCAGGAAAUUUGAUUACUUCAAGUCAGAAGUUAGCAGAUAAGCAUGAAAUCAUUUUCUUUGAAAAAAAUGGUCUAAGGCAUGGAGAAUUUAUGUUACGUGAAACAUUUGCUCAUAAAAUUAUUGAAAUCGUGUGGAAUUGUGAUUCUUCAGUUUUAGCUAUAUGGAUGGAAAAAAAUAUAUCAGAUAAUGAACAUUCGACGUGUGUACAAUUGUGGAAUAUGAAUAAUUAUCAUUGGUAUUUGAAACAGGAAAUCCAAAGUCAAUCUGAUGUUAGAAUAACUAGUGUCUCUUGGGAUCCCGAAAAAGCGCUCCGACUACAUUAUACCACCACAAAUGAAUAUCAUUGUCUAGAUUUUUGUUGGGAAGUUUUCAGUGCAAAUACGAUAUCAGACCAAAAUGCUGCUUCUAUUGCAGUUAUCGAUGGGACUUUAGCAACUGUCAAAAAUUCCUUGAAUCAUCAAAAUCUCAUGUUCCAUUUAAUUAAUGUCUCCGUGAAUCUUACACCAUUCAGAGUGAUGAAUGUGCCGCCACCAAUGUUUGCAUUCUCUGUACAACUUUCAAAUCCUGCAUCUUGUGUGACAUUUUCACCAAAUAAUGGAGGCAAUGAUUUUGCUGUGCUUGAAUCUAACCAACAGAUUACAUUAUUUGAAUGGAGUGGAGCACUAGAGAGACCUAUUAAAGCUCCAACAAUUAUAGAAUCUAUUCAAAUUGAAGAUCCAAACCAUGACCGAAGGAUAAUGAGACAAAUUAUAUGGUUUAAUCGAUCGGUUAUAUUUUUUUUACAUUCUUCCAAAGAGCUCAAUCAUUAUGAUAACUUGGUUGCGAUUUAUUUGACUUAUGAUGAGAAUGGAAAAGCAAAAUGUGUAUCAUAUGAAAAUUUUAAUCUUAAACAAAACGUUCUAAAAUUAAACUUUAAUCCAAAUAACAAAGAAUUGUGGUUUGAAAGUAUUCAUGGGAAAAUUUUUAAAGUUGAAAUAUAUAUGGAUCGAAUCGAAAAGUUUAUCGAAAACAUUAAUUAUAAAGAAGAAAAGAUCAAAAUACAAGAUGAUGUUUUUAUUCAAUUUCCUGAAGUAUGUCACUGGAUUUCUUCAACUCGGAUCGGAAGAGAAAGGACUGAGAAUGUAAUAAUUGGAUUAAGUGAAAAUAACAAGUUAUAUGGAAAUCAUAUGCUAAUAUCAGCAGAAUGCACGUCAUUUUUCGUACAUAAUACUUUACUUUUAUUCACUACCCUAAGUAAUGUUAUCAAAUUUUUACCACUUCAAGCUAACUUAUCAGUGGAAAGAGGAUCAAAGAUAAUUUGUGCUGUCUAUUUUGAUGUCUUUCUUUUAUUGCAGAUGCCUAGAGGAAAUUUGGAAACCGUUCAUCCUCGAGUUUUAGUCUUGGCUUCAGUACGCGAAUCGUUAGAUCGAUUUGAUUACCUCUCAGCUUAUAUGACUUGCAGAAAACAUAGAAUUGAUUUAAAUAUUUUAUAUGAUCAUGACCCUAAAUCAUUCUUGAAUAAUGUUGAAUUAUUUGUUAACCAAGUCGAAAAGGUUGAAUAUUUAAAUUUAUUUUUAUCAAGUUUAAGAAAUGAGGACGUGGUUAUAACUAUGUAUCCUAAAGUUAUUUUAGACCCAAAAUAUGGGUCGUCCGAUAAUAAUACGAAUAAUACGGGAAUGCAAGAUGUGUCAACAAAAGUUAAUAGUGUAUGUGAUGCUGUUCGUGGAAUUUUAGAAUCCAAGAACUCUACAAAAUAUCUUCAAUCAAUAAUAACAACUUUUGUCAAAAAAUCACCACCAGAAUUAGAAUCUGCAUUAAGUUACUUGGCCAAAUUAAAAGAUAUAAAUAUUGCAGAGGAUGCUGUAAAAUAUGCAAUAUUUUUAGUAGACGCAGAUAAACUAUUUGAUAUUGCAUUGGGAAUGUAUGACUUUAGUUUGGUACUUCUAGUUGCUCAACAAUCCCAAAAGGAUCCAAGAGAAUAUUUAUCAUUUUUGGCCGAACUUGAAAAUUAUCCAAAGUAUUAUCAAAGAUUUAAGAUCGAUCAUCAUCUUAAUAGAUAUGAAAAGGCUUUAAAUAAUUUAAGUUUAGCAGGCGAUGAAUAUUUUGAUCAAUGUUUGAAAUAUCUUCAAGAGCAUCAACUCUAUAAGCCAGCUAUUUCUCUCUUUGCUAAUAAUAAUGAGAAAUAUAAAAAAGUUAUGGUCAUUUAUGGAGACUAUCUUAUUUCCGAGUCUAAUUUCAAAGAAGCUGGAUUAGGUACGAGAGUCGAGUUUUCUUAG